AUGGUGGCUUUGAAGAAAGUGCGCUUGGACAAUGAGAAGGAAGGUUUCCCCAUCACAGCUAUCAGAGAAAUUAAGAUUCUUCGUCAGCUCAACCAUCAGAGCAUUAUUAACAUGAAGGAAAUAGUCACAGACAAAGGAGCUUUUUAUUUGGUGUUUGAAUAUAUGGAUCACGACUUGAUGGGUCUACUGGAAUCCGGAUUAGUGCACUUCAAUGAACUUCAUAUAAAGUCUUUCAUGAAGCAACUUAUGGAAGGUUUGGACUACUGUCAUAAGAAAAACUUUUUGCACAGGGAUAUUAAAUGCUCAAAUAUUCUACUAAAUAACAGGGGGCAGAUCAAACUUGCAGAUUUCGGACUUGCAAGAUUGUACAGUUCAGAAGAAAGGCCUUACACCAAUAAAGUCAUUACGUUAUGGUAUCGACCUCCUGAAUUGUUGCUUGGGGAGGAACGGUACACACCAGCUAUUGAUGUCUGGAGCUGUGGGUGUAUUCUUGGUGAGUUGUUUACAAAGAAACCGAUCUUCCAAGCUAAUCAAGAACUUGCACAACUUGAAUUAAUAAGGUGA